GAAGUUCUAUACGGUGCCUGUAAGGAAGUCACAUGCACCAUCCGUGCGUGUUUAUAUGCAAGCCAGCGCUGGGCAAUGUGUUUGGGUUUGUUUAGCGAUCCGGGAGGUGUCAGACCAAGCGGUGGUUUCCCCAGGUUCCCUGCACGGGCUGUCAGCGCGAGUGUCACAGAAGAAAGGUCGACCAUGGUGGCCGGGACCCGCUGUCUUCUAGCGUUGCUGCUUCCCCAGGUCCUCCUGGGCGGCGCGGCCGGUCUCAUUACGGAGCUGGGCCGGAGGAAGUUCGCGGCAUCUCCUGGCCGCUCCCCGUCCCAGCCCUCGGACGAAGUCCUGAGCGAGUUCGAGUUGCGGCUGCUCAGCAUGUUCGGCCUGAAGCGGAGACCCACCCCCAGCAGGGACGCCGUGGUGCCCCCCUACAUGCUGGACCUGUACCGCCGGCACUCGGGCCAGCCGGGCGCACCGGCCCCGGACCACCGGCUGGAGAGGGCAGCCAGCCUGGCCAACACCGUGCGCAGCUUCCACCACGAAGAAUCUUUGGAAGAACUGCCAGAAAUGAGUGGGAAAACAACCCGGAGAUUCUUCUUUAAUUUAACUUCUAUCCCCACUGACGAGUUUAUCACCUCAGCAGAACUUCAGGUUUUUCGGGAACAGAUGCAGGAACCUUUGGAAAACGAUAGCAAUUUCCAUCACCGAAUUAAUAUUUAUGAAAUUAUAAAACCUGCAGCAGCCAACUUGAAGUUCCCCGUGACCAGACUUUUGGACACCAGGUUGGUGAAUCAGAACGCAAGCAGGUGGGAGAGCUUUGAUGUCACCCCUGCUGUGAUGAGGUGGACGGCACAGGGGCUUGCCAACCACGGAUUUGUGGUGGAAGUGACCCACUUGGAGGAGAAUCAAGGUGUCUCCAAGAGACACGUCAGGAUUAGCAGGUCUUUGCACCAAGACGAGCACAGCUGGUCACAAAUCAGGCCACUGCUAGUAACGUUUGGCCACGAUGGGAAAGGACACCCCCUCCACAAAAGAGAAAAGCGUCAAGCAAAACACAAACAGCGCAAACGCCUUAAGUCCAGCUGUAAGAGACACCCUUUGUACGUGGACUUCAGUGACGUGGGGUGGAAUGACUGGAUCGUAGCUCCCCCGGGGUACCACGCCUUUUAUUGCCAUGGGGAAUGCCCCUUUCCCCUGGCAGAUCACCUGAACUCCACUAACCACGCCAUUGUUCAGACGUUGGUCAACUCGGUUAAUUCUAAGAUCCCCAAGGCGUGCUGUGUACCAACAGAACUCAGUGCUAUCUCCAUGCUGUACCUUGAUGAAAACGAAAAGGUUGUAUUAAAGAACUAUCAGGACAUGGUUGUGGAGGGUUGUGGGUGUCGUUAGCACAGCAAAAUGAAAUAUAUAUAUAUAUAUGUGUGUGUGUAUAUAUAUAUAUUUCUAAUAUAUAAAUAUAUAUAUUAGAAAAAAGCAAAAAAAAAAACCAAGUUGACACUUUAAUAUUUCCCAAUGAAGACUUUAUUUAUGGAAUGGAAUGGAGAAAAAAAAGAAAAACACAGUUAUUUUGAAAAUAUAUUUAUAUCUACAAAAAAAGUUGGGAAAACAAAUAUUUUAAUCAGAGAAUUAUUCCUUAAAGAUUUUAAAAUGUAUUUAGUUGUACAUUUUAUAUGGGUUCAACCCCAGCACAUGAAGUAUAAUGGUCAGAUUUAUUUUGUAUUUAUUUACUUAUUAUAACCACUUUUUAGGAAAGAUAGCUAAUUUGUAUUUAUAUGUAAUCAAAAGAACUAUUGGGUUUGUACAUAAUUUUCCAAAAAUUGUAGUUGUUUUCAGUUGUGUGUAUUUAAGAUGAAAAGUCUACAUGGAAGGUUACUCUGGCAAAGUGCUUAGCACAUUUGCUUUUUUGCAGUGCUACUGUUAAGGUCACAAGUUCAAGUCCAGAAAAAAAAGUGGAUAAUCCACUCUGCUGACUUUCAAGAUUAUUAUAUUAUUCAAUUCUCAGGAAUGUUGCAGAGUGGUUGUCCAAUCCAUGAGAACUUACGUCCUUAUUAGGUGGAAUAUUUGGAUAAGAACCAGACAUUGCUGAUCUAAUAUAGAAACACUCCCCUACCCCUUAAUUUUCAGAAAAAAAUAAAGCAGGACCAAUAGAAAUAAUGAGGAAAAUGAUAAACCUGCAGGAAAGUGAAUGAUGGUUUGUUGUUCCUCUUUCCUAAACUAGUGAUCCCUUCAAAGGGGUUGGUCUGGCCAAAGUAUUAAAAUAAAACAUAAGAUUUCUUGAUUAUUAAUAUUGUGGUCAUGUAUAUUUAAAAUUGAUGUCUAGUGGCUCUCAUGAAGAGUUGGAAAUUGAUUUGUAUUUAACUGUUACCUCAUCUGGGAGCUCUUUAUGCAGAAGGACCCAGUUUUCUAACUUUGCCCCAACACACAGCAAAAUUGUGCCCAUCAUGUUUUCUGCCCACCACCUAUUCUCUGUUGGAUCAGCUUGCUUUUCUUUCCAAAGGUAUGUGUUGGAACACAUUUCUCCAAAUGUUAAACCUCUUUCAGACAAUAAAUAUCAGAGCUCUGGCAUUUUAUUCUAUAGUCCAACCUGUAAGAGAGGAUGGUGCAUUUGUACAACAUGCAUGA